AUGAGCGACGCUAUGGCUACAUUGUCUGAUGGCCCAGUGAAGAGUCACUCAAAGACCCAAGAGUCUUAUACGGAUGACCAUGACAUCGAGCAAAGUGAAACCAAGCGGAAGAGCUCGGGUGUAUUGAACGUGAUUGUCUCAGGUCUAGCAUUGUUCAGUGAUGGAUACAAUGCGCAAAUCAUUGGCUACAUGGAACCGUUGUUCUCGGUGCUCUACAUGAAGGGCAUGUCUUCAACCAUAAAGUCCCGCCUGUCCAACUCUUACCUGAUCGGUGAGAUUUUCGGAAUGCUCUUUUUCGGUGUCUUGAUCGACCGGAUCGGCCGUCGGACCGGAGUCAUUGCCGCUACAGCUUUUCUCAUCCUGGGAGUCGUCCUGGCUACCGCAUCCCACGGAAGUACAGAGCUAGGCAUGUUUUGGAUGAUGAUUGUCGCACGAGGCAUUGCUGGGUUUGGAGCUGGCGGAGAGUAUCCAGUCUGUGCUACGAGUGCCACCGAAGCUGCCGACGAAACCGCUAAACUUCGCAAGCGACGGGGUUUUCUCGUGGCCGCGACAACGGAUUUUGCGGUUGAUCUGGGAUUCGUUGCGGCAGGUUUGGUUGCUCUGAUUGUGCUGGCUUGUUACAACCAGCAUGAUUCCGAAGGUGUCUGGCGAAUCACCUUCGGACUGGGUAUUGUAUUGCCACUUUCCAUCUGUUUCUUCCGCGUGCGGAUGAUCAACUCAACGCAAUAUCGGAAACACGCCAUCAAAUCACAGUAUCCAUACAUGCUGGUACUGCGUCGUUACUGGAAACCUAUGCUUGGAACAUCCUUGGCUUGGUUUUGCUAUGAUUUCGUGACUUAUCCCUUUGGCUUGUUCUCGUCAACAAUCAUUGAGCAACUGAAUCCUAAUAACACCACGGUGCAAAAUAUUGGAUAUGGAACUGUGAUCAACUGCUUCUACCUCCCCGGUUGCUUGCUUGGUGGGUUGCUCAUGGAUCGUAUCGGCCGCAAGCAGACUAUGACAUUGGGAUUCAUGCUCUGGGCAGUGUGGGGAUUCAUUAUUGGAGGUGCCCUGCACCAGAUUCAGAGUAUUUUCCCUCUUUUUGUGGUGAUGUACGGAAUUUUCCAGGCCCUCGGAGAGAUGGGUCCCGGUGUCUCGACAUUCCUUUGUGCUUCUGAAUCCUUCCCAACGCCGCUGCGUGGCCAUUUCCUUGGCUUUGCUGCCGCAGUCGGGAAGGCAGGGGCCUCCAUUGGAACUGAAGUUUUCACUCCAAUUCAAAACUCGUUUGAUUCGACUGAAAAGGGUCAACAAGCGGUGUUUUUGAUUGGAGCUGCUUUUACAGUGGUCGGAGGUCUUAUUUCCUGGUUCUUGAUUCCUGAUAUGUCUCGUGAGCUGGAAACCGAGGAUGCUCGCUUCAAAGAGUAUCUGGAACAAAAUGGCUACGAUGUUAGCCUUUACGGCGAGGCAUUGGUUGUCAAUUCACGAGACUGA